AGGAAGACAGUACAAUUAAAACAACUUUGCAAGAAUUAAAAGAAUACUAUCAAAAUAUUCAUAAAGGAAUGUCUGAUAAUUAUAAUCUUACAACAGUUCUUGCUGCAAAAGUUGAAAAUUUGGAAAAGAAUAGUGAUAAAAAUCUACUCUUUGAACCACCACGAAUUGAUCCAAGAGAUAUUACACCGCACGAUUUAACUGAUUAUCAUGGUAAUGUUAAACUCAUGAAAUAUAAAACUCUUGAUGUGGCUUGUAAAAAAAUCAAUACUUCUAUUGAUGAAGAUAGUCCUGAUUCAAAGAGAGUUCGUGGAACUUUAGCUAUUUGGAAUCAAUUACAUGAAUGUCCUCAUAUAAUUAGAUUCUUUGGAAUUUCAAAAUUGGAUAUUGGAAAUUGUAUGAUUUUCGAGUGGGCUGAAUUAGGAAAUUUAAAGGAUGUUUACGAAGGAAAAAAAAAAAUAACACUUACUUGGCAGGCUAAAUUAUACAUAGCAAGGGAUGUUUCUCGAGGUCUUGGUUUCCUUCACGUUAUUGGCAUUUUACAUCAUAAUAUAAAAGCGGAAAAUAUAUUGGUAACAGAUAAUGGAUAUAAAUGUAAAAUAACUAAUUUCGAUCUCAGUCGUGGAAUAGAAGAUGAAUCUCAUGAAUUAACAGAUAUUAUCGAUGUAAUUCGUUGGAUGGCUCCAGAAAAGAUUGAAAGUUUUGGAUCAAAAAAAUACGUACCGUAUACUUAUAAAUGUGAAAUGUACAGUUUUGGAAUGUUUCUUUGGGAACUCUCUUUUAACAGAAUUCCGUAUGAAUAUCUUAAACCUAAUGAAAUAUCAAAACAUGUUAUGGAAGAAAAACGAGAGACCUUAGAAUUUGAAGAUGGUCCAAGUGAUAUUAUUGAAGGCUUUAAAAAUAUCAUUGAAUUAGCAUGGCAACAAGAUCCUAAACGACGACCAGAAGAUCCAGUUGUUUCAAAAAUUCUUGAAACAUUAGCUAAAACCCAUUCUUUCGAAGGACAUCCAUACGAGAAAAGUAUAAAUGAGUCGGUUACUUCUUUGGCAAUUUCACAAACAAGUCAAAGUGAAACCGAUACUGACGAAUUUUCUGAUUUAAUUCUUGGUGAUGAAGAUGAUGAUUUUGAAUUAUUACCUUUACAAAAAGGGCUUGACCUUCAUCACAAUAAAUCUAGAGAAUUGAAAACAGCAGAAGAUUAUAAACUCCCUUGGAUCAUUUUUAAAGCUCAUGCAGAAUUCGGUAAUAAAUUAGCAAUUUAUUGGAAGGGGUAUUACCUAUGGGAAGGAUAUUUUGUCGAAAAAGAUCGAAAAGAGGCCGUUAGAUUAUUUAAAAUAGCAGCAGAUGCUGGUAUUGCAGAGGCUCAAUUAAGAUAUGCUUUCGCGUUCAUUAAGAAUCCUGAUUUACCUUAUGAUAAAGACAUUUUCUUAGAAUAUUUAACGAAAUCUGCAGAAAAUGGUAAUGUUGUAGCUAUAUAUAAUUUGGGAGAUGUUUAUUAUAAAGGUAAACGCCAAGUCCCUGAAAAUAAAGAAAAAGGUAUUGAAUAUCUCAAAAUUGCUGCGUUAAAAAAUUAUAAAUCGGCGACUGAAGCUUUGAAAAAAUAUAACGUCUCCCUUUAAUUGUAAUUCUUAAGAUUAAAUAUAUGUAGCUUUUUUAUUUAUUCACAUGUAACAAGUCUUGAUGUGAAAUUAUAAACGAA